GGCGGCGCUGCCACUGCGGAGCAUGUCACCGGCCAGCGAGCUAGCGCUGGCGCCCCUCUCUCCGCUCGGCAUGUCCGCGUCUGGACUGAGCUCCGGCUUGGGCGUCGGCGGCUUGGGCGUCGGCGGGGCGGGCAUGGGCGGCGGGCUCACUGUGGACGUCGCCGAUGCCGGUCUCCACGCCUUCUCGUCCGUGGCGCUGGCGGGCGGCGGCGUCGCCGGCGGCGGCGACAGCUCCCUCUUCUCCGACCUCGUCUCUGCCAUGGGCGCUGAGGCCAGCGGCGCGUACGGCGGCGCCGUGCCUGUGAGCGCCGCCAUCCCGCUGCACGCGCCCGGCGGCGCAGCCCAACAGGGCGAGGCGUCGCUCUCGCCGCUGGGGGUGACUCAUUUGCCCGGCAUGCCGCCGGCCUUUCCGACGCCGUACGGCAGCGCGCUGGCGACGGCGCCUGACGACGGGCCCAUCCUUCAGCUCGCCGAGCUCGCCGCGGCGGAAAGCUGGACCGUCAUGUCGUCGCAGGGGAACAUGCACGUCUCCUGGCGGCAGCGGGGUGGGCGGCUGCUCUGGCGCGCGGUGGCCGAGGGUGUCCCCGCCAUGCCCGCAAUGGUCGCCGCGGCCGUGCGCCACACGCUGGGGCAGUGGGGCGAGGCGGACGGCGUCAUCGGACAGGUCCGCGUGCUGUCCGAGGGUGGCGGGGUGCCGUGGUGGGUCAACGAUUGCGGCCCGUGCUUUGAGCAAGUGCUGCACGCGACCACGCGGCACGACUCCGGCCUCUCCAAGUUCUUUCAGCAGCGCGACCUCGUCUUCCGCUCCGUCUGGCAGAAGUUAAAGUUUCACAAAAAUGCCUCGCACAACACUCGGCACGGGACUGGCACGCACUGGCAGACGCACUGGCACUAA